UACAAACAGUUGUCACUUGCUCUGUACACAAGCCACAACCACCGUCAUCUGCUGUUGAGACGUAACGAAUUGAAACAAACCAAACUUUGUCAAAAUUCAAUCACAAACCUUCCACUGAGACGCAAUUUGUGAAUGUGCAUCGAACUUUAAUUGAAAUUCCAUCUCGCUUUGUGAACGCGCAUUGAAUUUUAGUGAAACUACAGAAGAAAAGACAAGAACGUGAUCCAGACUAAAAUGCUCAAACUAAUCUGCAGCCUACUGUUCGUCCUUGUUGCAGUCCACGCACGGGUCGUCAAACGUGAGACUGUGGUGGACCUGGGGGACCACCUCCUCGAAUGUAAACAAGAGCCGAUCGAGUUGGGCAUCGUGCUCGACUCCUCCAGCUCCAUCAGUCAUCCAGAUUUCCAUAAGGGCAUCGAGUUCCUCCAGGAUUUUUUGAACCAGUACGUGAUCGGAGAUGGCCCCAAUGACGUCAGAGUGUCCGUCAUCACAUUCGGCAAAGGUAUCUACAAACAAGACUCUUUCAACCUGGACACGUACCACAGCAAAGAUGAAGUCAUCCAAGCUAUUGGAAAAGUCCCGCACAAGGUUGGUCUCUACACGUCCACGGGAGCAGGUAUCAAGUACAUGAGCGAGACACAGUUGUCUAUGAAUGUGUCCAGACCCUGGGCUGACCGCAUCAGCAUCGUCAUUACAGACGGCAACUCUCAGAUUUGGCGCGAAACCAGAGACGCUGCCCAGGCAGCUCAGGACAGCGGUAUCAUCAUGUUCGCCGUGGGUGUGGGAAACGUCCGCGAUGAAGAGCUGCUCACAAUCGCCGGCGACGAGAGCAGGAAGGUCAAGGUCGACAACUACGAUCAGCUGAAAGAGAUAAAGACGAGCCUGGCCCACAAGACCUGCAUCAAGAAAGAGAAGACCACCACGACCACCCCUGUGCCUCAGACAGAGAAGUGUGGCGAGGAACACCCCGCCGACAUCUACUUCGUCUUCAGCCCCGCCGAGCUUGGCCUUGAGGUCACCUCCUGGACCACUUCCUUCGUCUCCAACGUCGUCAACCAGGACCAGAUGGAGCACGGCUUUCGGUUCGGUGUCGUUUCCGGUUCCUGCCCCGACGACGAAGGGUUCGACUUGGACGACUACACAACCGCUGAUGAUAUCGAGAACAGGCUGACCAACUACCUGAUGCCACGCAUGCCUGCCCUGGUGGACAGACUGUCCCAGUUCGGCUACUCCGAGAUCGCCGGAGGCCGUAGCGAGGCUCGUGACGUCGCUGUUCUCGUGGCCAAUGGCGGGAAGAAGAGUAAGGGUCUGGAAGAGGAGGUGAGUCGUCUGCGGGAGAAGGGAGUGCAAGUCUUCAUCGCAGACCCCAGCGACUCUGGCGUCAGUGUAGAGGGCGCCAUUACUCUUACAGGUCGCAGUGUCAAGGACGUGUCCGCUAACCUCGUCACCCACCUGUGCCCUGUCAGGAACUAAGAAGAAACUGACGACCAAUCUCCUAAACCUCUGAACCUUUUUUUCUUCAAGAUCUCCCACAGCGACAAAGUGCAAUAAUCCCAAAACGUCGUCUUUACAUUGGAAACAAUCUCAAAUUAUAUUAUAUUAUAAUUAUGUUAAACCAUUUUGGGGGGCUACCACAGAGGGAAAUUACAUUGUGAUAAAUAUUUAUUUAUGGAGUUUAAUUAAAUGUAUACAUUGUAUUUAUCUUUAUUUUUCAAUUAACUCGUGAAAAAUACCCGGAUGUAAUGCAAGACUGAUAAGCAUGCACUUGUGAGUUUGUGAGUCUGUGUACAUGUGUCAGCUUGAGUGUGUGUGUGUAUGUGUGUAUGUAUGUGUGUGUGUGUGUGUGUGUGUGUGUGUGUGUGUGUGUGUGUGUGUGUG